AUGACAACCACGCAAACUCUUUCAUCUAUACCAGAUAAUUUUAUUAAUUCAAAAGCACAAUCAUCUCGUCGAAUAUCAUCAUAUGACAGCACGAUGAACAACUUUCCUAGGCGUUUAUCAACGACAUUAGCUGUCGUACCUGAAAACCAUGGACAAAUAGAUACUACAACAUCAACCCAAUCUACAUCUUCAUCUGGAUCUUCCGUACCUUCCACAAGUCGUCCACUCCCAGUUCAAUCGCAAAUUCAAGGUUCCUCAUCAUCAUCGAACAGAUUAAGUAAUGCAUCUAUCAAUCAAAGUCAAAGUCAGAGUCAAAAAUCAGUCCGGCCUCAAAAUCAAUCAACAAGAAGCUCUGUUAGUAAUUUCAGAGACUUGGAUAAAGACUUGGAAAUGGCAAUGAGAAGAUCACCAGGAAAAAAUAGAACUAAAUCGAUGGAUUUGUCUUCACAACCUAGAUCGAAGAGUAAAAGAGCAGAUUGGGUCAUCGACUUGCUUGAAGCUCAGAAAGGUGUAGAGACCUGGAUAGAGGAUCAAAGAGUUAUACUUGUUCUAGGUGACGCAUCACCAUCUUCGCUAGCACCCAUACUACAUGAUCCAGCGUUCUCAGAUACGUUACUUCUGGUUGGAUCACGCGAACCUCUACCAGCUAUUGAAGCGUUACUCUCCCCUUCACACCUCAUGUCUUCAUCACCUGAACAACAGAUAUUCCCAACUGUUCAACCAUUUAAUUCAACUGCCAAAUCGGACGACACAGACGUUCACGCUUUGACUGUUCUUCUUGCUCAAGCAACAAUAAUAGCACAACAAUAUCGUUCAAAACCUCGUGGAUGGUCAUCUUUGUCUCGUCCCAGAACAGAAUCAUUCGCUUCUUCUUCAGCAUCAAACUCGCCACCUUCAACUCCACCAAUGCGCAAACGGGUGUUACCAUCUUUCGGUUUGAACACUUCCUCUUCCGCUAGAAGCUCAUUGGAUUCCAAUGCAAGUACGAGUGAUAGGCCUCGAUCAGCUUCAGUAUACGAUGCCAAUUCUGCAGAGUCUACUCCUCGCCCAAAUGCUACCAAGAAUCGAAAAUCAGGACGAGAGAGCAUAUUCGGUGGAUUACGAAGAAACUCAGACUCAUCAGAAAUGACGAAUGGAAAAAUCUCAGCCACAUCAAAUGGCAGUUUGUUUGACGCAGUGAUCAAUUUUGUGCCAAACAUGAACAACUUUAAACCAGAAAGAGCACUGCAAGAUAUGCUUCAUCAAUCCGUUGUCGUGACUACAGGCAUAAUGCCAAGCCUUACUGCACAAGUUGGUAAAUCAACUUCAUCACCGAUCAAUCAGAUGCCAAUCAGCUUGAUACAUGUUCUACCUCAAACAAUGCCCAUCCCAUUACCAUCCGUCAUUGAAAGUUUUCUACUUUCCUUAUUACCCACUUUUCAACACAGGUGUCCAAGGGAGAUAUUCGGAAGUGUCGUUUCUUCACCUGUUUGGCUAUCACCUUUUAUCGACGCGUCGGGUAUGGGAUCUGAACAAGGAUCCGAAGAUGUUUCAGCAAGUCAAGUCUUACUUUUCGGUGGCGUGAGAUGUCCCUAUCAGGUUUUAGACUCGACGGGAGAUUACAGACCCAGAGCUUUCUUAUCAAGUUGGAAAAAUUGUAUCGCAAUGCCAGGAUUGAUUUCCCAAUCUAGGAACCCCACGAACGCAAAUAGUGUCACUAUAUCAACAAUUCAAAGUGAAAGAGAAGAGAAACAACAACUACAACUACAACUACAAAACUCAUUACCUCCUUCCAUAGCUUACAAGAAUGUCAAAGCCAAAACACCGCAUUCAACCCAAAGUAGAUCACCUUCUCCCCCGAAGAAGUCUUCUUUACCAAGAUCAGUCUCAAUGCCAAUCUCUUCUUCUAUGUCUUCAUUGGGAAUCGCAUCUGUACCUGGAUCGCUCACGCAGACCACCAAAAGAUCAAAAUUACACGUCAGUCAUACACCACCCAUAUCGGAAGAUGACUUAGAGUUAGAUUCGCAAGGUCAGAAGUCAGGUGACAGGAAUGAAGUCGAGAAGUCAAAUGCAAAUCCAGAGUCAAAUUCAAGUUCAGCUGGAAUGUCGAAAGAUGUAUCAAAUCCACCAUCUACACCAGAUCUAGAUCCUUCCUCCAUAUCCUCUUGCGCGUCAAGUGAUUCUCCAAUCGAAACAGGUUCCAACAAUUCCAAUAGUAGAAGAGAAAGUGAAAUUUGUGAUGCAAAAUCAGCUGAUCAAGCAGUUACACAAGAGAAGCCAGCUAUUAUUGUGACCGGAAAUGGAAACGGAAAGAGGACAUUGAAAAAUUGGUUCAGGAGAAACAGGAAUGGACAAUAA